AGAGAUUGUUGCCUGGUAAGGUUAACAAGUAUUUCUCUACAUGGAUAUUGCAGUCGCGAAUACCGUGUAGCUACGUGCGUGGUUCUGCAGAUUAAUGACUGCAACUUGCAGACCCUUCCCUUCCACUUACCAAGCCAGACACCACUAUCUUUGAUAUCAACCUUACGGGAACAAUGUUCACAACAAAACUCGCCAUUUACUACUUCCGACGCCAACCCCUUGGGUCGACUCGAGACAGAUGUUUGAUUUUGAUAGGUAGUAUUGCUGGUUACCUCGGCAUACCGAGUUCUGCGACAUACUCCAUGUCAAAGUUUGGUGUGAGAGCACUGAUGCUCUCCCUUCGAAGGAACGCUUGGGUUGAUUCGAUUCGUGUCAAUCUAGUUGCACCAGGCUACGUCAUAACCCCGGCCUACACCAAAGAAAUAAUCGCCUUCUUUAAAUCAAAGGGCGUGAAAUUCGCCUCAGAAGAUGAUGCCUGUAAGGCAGUCUUGAGAAUCGCCUCCGACACUGCCGUGAAUGGUCGGUCACUUGCGGUUGUAUCCAAAGAGGAUUGCGCCGAGGGAUAUUUCGACCUGGCCCAGGACGAUUUCUCCGAGGGGAGUAAAUUGCACGGCAUGCAAGAUGUUGCACUUAAUGUUGGAUCGCGGACGUAGGCCUUAAUGUGUGUGGGGGAUUGGGAUGGCUAUGAAGAGAGUUUGCACGCAUGCGUGUUGAGUUUGUGCGCAUGUUCUUUCUCCAGUAACUGGACGUUAAAGUCAACAUUGUUAUUCAGGAGAAUGUUGAGAUGAGUAGAUAGCAAAAUGAUUUCUCUAGUUCGAAAAUUGAUAGCUAGGCGGUCAUGACGAAGUGAGUACACACUCAUGAGUGCGAUCAUUCUUCUGGUCGAAUUUGGCCACACUGUUCCAAAAAAUAGUCAUACCCUGACCCAAAUAGAC